AUGAGCCGGAAGCUCGCCCCCGAAGCAAAUCGGAUUCUCUUCGUCAAGAACCUUAAGCAAAUUCGCCAGGGUAUCGCCAAUAACUCGAAGGGUACUGCAUUUGUGGUCUACGAGGACGUACACGACGCAAAGCAGGCAUGCGAUAAGCUCAAUGGCUUCAACUUCCAGAACAGAUACUUGGUUGUCUUGUACCACCAGCCCGAGAAGAUGCUCCGUUCGAAAGAAGACCUCGCCGAGAGACAAGAAAAUCUGGAACGACUUAAACAGCAGCAUGGGAUAGAGUAA